AUGUCCAAGACACUGAAACUAGCGCUGCUGCAACUGAAGACUUCUCCCGUGAAGCGUGAGAACUUCUUGCACGCCGAGAGGCUACUACGCCAAACCGUUGAUGAACACGGGCCAGUGGAUAUGGUUAUGCUCCCAGAGUGCUUUAACUGUCCAUACAGUAUAAAGCUGUUCAGGAAAUAUUGCGAGAGCAUUCCUGAUGGUGAGACGACGCGGUUCUUAUCACAGUUCGCAUCGGACAACAAGGUUACACUGGUUGGUGGCUCGUACCCUGAGGUUGACGGUUCCACAGACUCAAUAUACAACACAUCUGUUGUGUUCAGCCCAGAAGGGACCAUAGUGGCCAAGUAUAGAAAGACACACCUGUUCGAUGUUGACAUCCCUGGGAAGAUCUCAUUCCAGGAGAGUAGGAUCCUUGGUGCUGGAGAUCACAACACCGUUUUCCAAACGAAGUGGGGCAACGUGGGCCUUGCCAUCUGCUACGAUCUCAGGUUUCCAGAGGUGGCCAACGUCGCAACGAGACCGCCUUACAGCUCGUUCAUGAUGAUGUAUCCAGGUGCUUUCAACACAACAACGGGCCCCAAGCACUGGGAGUUACUAGCAAGGGCUCGUGCAGUUGACAAUCAGUGCUUUGUCGCUGUAUGCUCUUCUGCAAGGGACCUCGACGCCAAAUACCAUGCGUAUGGACAUUCACUCGUGGUGGAUCCAUGGGGCAAAGUCAUCGCCAGGGCGCACGAGGAAGAAGAAGCAGUUGUCGUUGAGAUCGAUACCUCGAUGGUUGACAGCGUUAGACAAAGCAUUCCAACACAGACACAGAGAAGAUUCGAUCUAUACGGGAAU